UUCCUUGCUAGGUGACUACCAAGCCUAAAAUUCAAUAAGUUGUUUACACUCCUGCGUGUUGUUUGCACGGGCCGUUUCAUUGUUACUCUAGCGCAAUCCCUGCGCAUUACCGUCCAGCAUGGCAGUGUGGUCUUGAACAUUACCAUAAUGCCACGUAGACGGUCAAUACGACUUUAUUCUGUCCUGGGUGACAACUUCUAUUCUGCGUGUCAGACAUUGUUCUACCAGUGUUGCUCUUCAUCGAAACUGUGAGCAAGUGCAAGGUUUGCCUGUUACAUGUACGUCACCCUACUGCGUUAGACGAUUUAUAGCAGAGUUGUGCCAACAGCGUGAAACUGAAAGAGCUCUGGUAAUGAAUAAACAAUCAAGUAAGAGAAAACUCUACCAAGCUGUGCGAGUACAAGUGACUUUCUGAAUUAGUUCAGACAGCAGCAACACAGAUUCACCGUGCACUUCCAUGUACAUGUAAUUAACUUGGUUGUGUUGAGAACUCAGAUGAGACGAUCUCGUGGAUAUGAGGUAUGAUAUGCUGGGCUUUCGACACUUACCGGCCAGAAUGUUCCGUUACAAAGGCCUAUUGCUCAUAAUCUUCGCUCUAUGUGCCUUGAGUUUCUAUUUCGGCCGCUACCUGCACAAUCAUGAUGAACCCAAUACACUUCAAGCGGAGAAAAGUCCAGGUGACAGGCCUGCUUUACCAGCAAAACUCGCAAACGAACCCCAAGACCUACCCCAGGUGAGAGAACAGGUCAUGAGUCGAGGAAGACCGAGACCCUUAACCUCUCAACCAGCUGUCAAUCAUUUUGUGUCAGCCUUAAAUAAGACGUGGAUGACAUGGACAGAUAUCAACAGUCCGGGUGUCUACCGAGCCUGCGUACCGAGACCAAGGGACAGCGUGUCAAUGUCAGAGGUCGUGACAGGUGGUUUAGUGGAAAAGUCAUCCAUGAUGACAAUCACGCACUGUCUGAACAGCUGCAUCGCUUUGGGUUUUACUUAUGCCGCCCUCAGUCGCGGUGCUGAGUGUUUCUGCACUGACGUCAAGGGCGAGUCCGCCCUGCUGAGCUACAAAGACAGUGCCCUGUGCGACAUCCCUUGCGGAGGGGAGCCAAGAUACCACUGUGGGGGCCGGGACUAUAUGUCUCUUUACCGAACGUCGGUGCCAGACUCUCGGUGUUCCCGAAUCAAACUGAAACCCAAGGGAAGUAUGCCACUGAUUGCGCUAGCCAGCUACCCCCGCUCAGGUAAUACCUGGACACGGCAGCUCAUUGAGCGGGGGACGGGGUUCCUGACUGGCAGCGUCCAUUGGAAGCACGAGAAGGAAAUGGCAAUCUCCAGUAAAAUUUUCCCAGGUGGCAACAUCGAUUACCAAACCAGACAGACGGUCUGCGUCAAGUCCCACUUAAGUGACACGGCUCACAUCAAGACGUUCGAGGGUGCCAUUUUACUCAUACGUAACCCUUACAGCGCCCUCGUAGCCGAGAUAUUCCGGAGGCUGAUGCUGGACCAGGAGAAGUCGGCAGAGGAGACGGUGAAAUAUUUUGAUUCUCCAGAGUGGAGGCACUUUGCCGAAAAUCAGGCCCAGAGCUGGCGGAAUAUGGCUGUGCAGUGGAUCACCAACUCUCACCGAAUCCUCGUGUCGCACUACGAGAACCUGCAAGAAAAUACGUACGAGGAGCUCGCCAAGAUUGUGCGGUUCCUGGACGUGCCAGUCCAGACGCAGCGCAUUCUAUGUGCAAUCCAGGAGUACCCGUCUUCGAAGGCGACCGGCGUUUCGCUUGGAAACCAUGGGAGAAAAACACGUGUCUAUCUAACAAAGGACCCAUUCCCUCCCGAUGUUCGGAAAUUGGUGGAUGAAAACAUCAAACAAGUUAAUACAACACUCAUAGAGUAUAAACUCAACCCUCUACCCAGAGAUUACUCUGUCGAUGUCUUCUAAGCUUAUAUCAGUAUCUUUCUUUGAUUAAGACAACGCUCCAUGAGUGCUAUCCACUUAUUUAUAUACUGUGACAAUUUAUUAUCUUAUGUCGACAUAUAGCGGAGAUUAAGGCGACUUACCACUAGAAUCAUCUCUCCAAAUCGACUCCCCAAAGUCGAUAUAACAACUUGAGAUGUAUUAUCCCGAAAGGUCAACUUACCGAAGACGACAUGACAACUACUCAUGUACCAUCUCGCCAAGUCGACUUGCCUAAGUAAUAAUGAUGACUUGUGCACAUCUGUUGACUUGCCAAAGUCGACUUAAAGAAGUUAGCAAGACAACUUGUCGGAUUGUAUGAUCGCCAAGUCGACUUCUCGAUAAGUAGAGAUGACGACUUGUCCACAUCUAUUAUCUCGUCGUCUACCCAGUGAAGCCUGAAUGACAACUUGUACACUCCUCUUAUCUUCCCAAGUCGAUUUCACUAAGUUGGCUUAACGAAUGACCGAAAAAUUAACUUGCCAAUGUGACACACUAAUCAGUGGGUGAGGACAAGAUGCUACGACCUGUAGCGUCAGCACGUAUGUUGAGUCCCUAUGGGGACUAUGGACCGUGCGUGCAUAUAAAAUUUAAUGGUUGUGGAAUUGCGCAUGUGUAAUUCUAGCUGACGACACAUAUCGGUGGUGACCCAAGUGAGGGAUUUGUACUGUCAUUUCCCUUAAAGACCUCGUUUGUGAAUAAAUUGUCAAGAAUCUAUCAAAUGGGGAGGGAUAUUUAAUACCUUCUGUGUGAAAUAUACCUCCGGAAAAGAAUCAAAGACGCGGAAAGAGUAAAUUUUACGACAAAGGAUAAAUAUGAAAAAUUGAAGGUUUUUUAAAGUCUAAAUUUGGAUCUAAUUUUCACAAUUUCGCUAGGUUUACCUUCAAAUAACCGCGAUGCCAUAUAAAAGACUGAUAACUCCACGAAUAAAAGACAAGAUGUAGACAAGUCGUUUUGUCAACUGCGGGAAGUUGACUUGGCAAAAUAAUUCAGCUCGACAAGUCGUCAUCCAGACUUUGUUAAGAAGAAUUGGCAAGGUAAGAGAUGUGGGUAACAGUGUUUAACUCGUAGACUUGGGGAGAUAAAUCAUCUCGACAAGUUGUUUUGUCGACUUCGUUAAGUUGACUUGGCAAAACAAAAGAUUUGCAGAAGUCAAUAUUCCUUCGGCAAGUCGACUUGGCAAGAGCAUGCAUCUCGACAAGUUGUCAUACCGACUUUUGGAAGUCGAUUUGGAGAGUUUCUUUUGGUGGGACGUCGCCUUACUCUCUGCUACAUGUCGACAUGCCGUGAUGAACUUUCGAAGUAUAUUUAAUACGUGGCGGAGCGCAGUAGUUUAAUCAUUGUUGAAAAGAUAAAUAUUUCGUAACUUAUGGUUGGUGUUGAAGCAGAGGCAUAUUUGUUCUACAGAAAUGCAAAAAAACAGGCAAAAAUCAUGUGUCGGUUCAGCAGUUACAUUCCUGUUUAUUUCAGCAUUUUUCUAACUGUGGACAUCUUUGUAAAUAAUUACUCAAAAAUUUCAAUUGUUUUUAGAAUCAAUUGUAAUGAGUUCUCGAGGCUUAUCAGUCUUUUCAGAACCAUACAAAAUAUGUAGGUUGUGUAAAAUCAUGCAUAACUGCAAUAUGCAGGACGAACCUGCUGUAAAGAUAUAGGCCUAAGUCUAGGUGUUGGUUUAUUUUCCAGAAAUUUUGGAAAUUGUUUACUUUGGAAAAAAAGGCCCGUAACUUCGCUUAAUAUCUCGGUAAAAACGAUUAGGUAUCAAAAAUGUUACACAUAUAACAUUUAGCGUUAAACCUGCGUAGUUUCUUUGUAUAUGGAAUAGUUGGGAAUAAACUUUCAUUUGGGGAUUUGUUUACCAUAUUAACAUUUGCCUAAAUUGUCUGGUAAAAGCAUUUAGAAGAAGAAACAACUCUCAAAGGUGCAAAGUAACGCAACACAAGAAUAAAUCAUAUCCUAAAAACACAUUUUAUAUUCAAUAGCUGAAAACGAAAUUGAUGUUUAAAAACACAGAAAAGUUUUUAAAUAAAGUAAAGAGUUACAUACAUGUAACA